CACAAUCUAAAGAGCAAAGGGGAGUAUUCAAAGUCAUCAAAUCCCUCAAACUUUCUCAUUCUCGACCAGAGACCACUGAGAAUGGAUCUUAUAAGGGCUGCGGCUCUUUUCCUAUGGUGUUCUUUCUGCUUUGGGGAUUUCCUUGAGGCUGCAGUGCUUGGAUCAGCGCAGUACACACGAGCUGAUGAUAAUGGUCUAAAUUCACAUCUGGAUGACCGAAAUCAGGGGGAACCGACUCUAACUUUCAGAAAUGAGGAUCGGAGAAAUGACACAGUGGUGCCUCAUGAGUACAUGAUAUCGCUCUACAGAACCCUGUCGGAGAUGGAGAAAAGGGGGUUAAAUGUCUUUCUUUAUCGUACCAGAAAGCAUGCCAAUACUGUAACCAGCUUUGUAGAUCAAGGAAACGAUAACCCUUCCACUGAGCUGGGCCAGAGGUAUUUGUUUAAUAUGUCCACUUUAUCUGAGACAGAUGAGUUAGUGGGAGCAGAGCUGCGGAUUUUGAGAAAAACUCCCUCGAACCUACCUUCUUCUUUAUCCAAAGGUGGGAAUCUUUAUUGCAUUCUGCUGUAUUCUUGCCGGGAGGGAAAUGAUGGACAGCACUUGCUUGAUUCUAGAACUAUGGACAUCUUGGAUAUAGAGUCCUCAAAAUGGGAAGUGUUUGAUGUUUGGGGGAUCAUGAGCGGCCAGAAACACAAGAUAGAGAAUCUGUUGUGUUUCGACUUGGUUGUCAUUUCAGAAUCUUCUAAGGAGGCGUCCCACCCUCAGGAUCUGGGGUUCAGCCGCCAUGCAUUGCAAACUCAAGAAAAGGCGCUGUUGGUGGCUUUCACCCACACCAGGAAAAAAGAGAAUCUUUUUAGGGAGAUCAGAGAUAAAGUGAAAUCCAUGGAUAGGCUGGAUUUCCUGGGUCCUCCAGAUCCUGGCCAGGAAUCCCACAGCAAGCCUCGCCGGAGAAGAAGAAGAACAAUCUCUACAAGGUCUGCUGGCAGCGGGGGGAGAGGCAACGGGAAAAGAUCAAAAACGCGCUGCAGUCGGAAGCCUCUCCACGUUAAUUUCAAGGAGCUAGGCUGGGAUGAUUGGAUUAUAGCCCCUUUGGAUUAUGAGGCUUACCAUUGUGAGGGAAUUUGUGAUUUCCCACUGAGGUCUCACCUAGAACCUACAAACCAUGCGAUCAUCCAAACCUUGAUGAACUCCAUGGACCCAGAAUCAACGCCACCUAGUUGCUGCAUCCCAUCCAAACUGAGCUCCAUCAGUAUUUUAUACAUAGACUCUGGGAACAACGUGGUGUACAAGCAAUAUGAGGACAUGGUGGUGGAAUCCUGUGGCUGCAGGUAGCAGUUUCGAGAUUGGGUGCCAUGGCUCACCAGUAUUUGUGAAGGACAGGCACGGGAGUUGAGUCUGUAUGUGUUUGUAAAUAUGUGAUUUUUUAUUUUAUUAUAUAUGUAUAUGUGUGUGUGAACAAAACUUCUCAUAAAGAAAUUCCACAGGGGGCUGUGGAUGUGAAGCAUAGAAGAGCCAAGAACUAUAAUACAAUGAAAUCAUCAGAAGUAAAAUAUUACAGGCCUACAGCUGCUGGCCCAACAGCAAGCAACAAAUCUAGAGUGCAUUUACACUUUUAAGUGGAAUACAUAUUUUGUUUUGCAUGGACAUCAGUGAUCUAAUAAAAAGUCAUCCUAUGAAGUAAAAAAUAAAUACACUUACAGCCUAUUCAGUCAGCUGGAUAACUCAAUUUGGGUCAGUAUUCAUGGGUACUUUAAAGUAAAAAGCACAAUGCCUGUUACAAUGUGGAAAUUUAGUAAUGGCCAAGGUGGUUUUAAGUGGGCAAUCACCUGUGUAAUAAGUCACCAUUUUCCAGUUGUAUGCCACUUGCAAAUCACUUCAGAAUACCACGCACAUUAGUGCUCACUAAUUCCCCACAGUGAUUGGAGAAGGCAGAAGAAGAAGGUCUUGUUUUAACAUGUUCCUCUGUUUUUACAGUAAGACUUUAAAUAUUCUGGUAACACUCCAAACCAUGUGUGCAAUAUUAAUAAGUAGCAAUAUUAAUUUAAAUAUCUAUUACAAUGACUAAACAAUACAUUGCAGAAUCUAAGUAUAAACUGUUCUUCUUUUAUCAACCAUACUCUGUUAAUGAGAAUUA